CUCUCCCGGAAAAUUGAAGAAAAAGAGGAAUAGGCGAGCAGGAUCAAGUGAGACAAGUCUUUCAAGAACUACCAAACAGGUACUGCAUCACAUAGAUCAGAAGUACCACCGAGUUCCACGCUAUCAUGGACAUGAUCCCCAACCCUGACAAACCUUCCUCCUCCGACAGCUGCGUCGCUGGCCCCAACUCCUUCCCCGCUGCCACCGCCCCGUCGCCGAGCCGGUACGAGUCGCAGAAGCGGCGAGACUGGAACACGUUCUGCCAGUAUUUGAAGAACCACCAGCCACCGUUAUCACUGUCGCGGUGCAGCGCCGCCCACGUGCUCGAGUUCCUGCGCUACCUGGACCAGUUCGGCAAGACCAAGGUCCACACUACGGCGUGCCCCUUCUUUGGCUUCCCCAACCCACCCGCCCCAUGCCCUUGCCCCCUCCGCCAGGCGUGGGGAUCCCUUGACGCCCUCACUGGCCGCCUCCGUGCCGCAUUCGAGGAGAAUGGUGGCUCGCACGAAGCGAACCCCUUCGGUGCACGAGCUGUCAGACUCUACCUCCGUGAGGUCCGCGAGUUGCAGGCCAAGGCUCGCGGCAUCAGCUACGACAAGAAGCGCAAGAAGCCACCACGGACGACGCCUUCGCCUCCGCAACAUCAUCACAACCCUCACAGCCCACCAUCCGGCACCACUGCAGCUGCCUAAUCCCCACCAUCCGAAGUACUAUUAUCUAUACCUCUCAACCUCAUAUGAUGUGCAUGCCAUUGCCUUCAGUAGAGUUGCUAAUACGAACCAUAUGUUCCUGCUAACAUGAAGGGUAGCAUACUGUUACCACUACUAGCAUGAGUAUUGGUGGUAGAGCCCUGUGCCUUGAACUGAUAGUUCAUCGUGUACCUUUUCCUUUGAGUGAAAGCUAAUUAGUUCAUCA